CUCGGACCCCACGAGAAGUUCGGAAACCCGUUUGGGAACAAAAACGACUACCAGAAACAGAAGCUCCCCGAAGACAUCGGGACCCCACUCGACGACGAGAUCAGCAACCUAUUGACGACUGACGCCAAGCAACAAACCGUCGGGGACGCAGCCGGCCUCAUAGAGUCCAAUGUGAAAGCCAUCAAGGCCGAGGGCAGUCUGAAAGUGGACGACGGCACCGCUGCGGGUGGGGCCACUGCGUUCCACACUGCGGGCCUCGCCAAUAGCAGCGACGAUGCUGCUGCUGGCGUCGCGGUGGCCAAAGGUAAGCUUGCGUCGAACAUACAGCUUGUGAACCCUACCGGGUUCAACGGGAAGUGGGAGUUGUUCUGCGAGAACAAGGGCGUGUCUUCCAUGCACACCAUCCUGUUGCCCAAGGUGAACAAGGUUUUGAUGUAUGACGCCACGAUCUGGAGGGUGUCGAAGAUCCUCUUACCCAACGGACACUGUCGUGUGUUGAAUGAGAAGACAGGGGAGAAGGAUUGCUACACGCACUCUGUUUUGCUCGACAUGAAUACCACCCAACUCACGCCACUUGAGGGAGGAGCUAAUACAGUACUUGGAAACUUUCCCAGGCUGCAUUUGGAGGAAUACCCCAAUGCCAUUGCUGCUCCUAGAUGGUAA